CACUCACUCCUUUCUCUAUUCAAAAGCCCGUUGUGAAGCAGAUUGACAGGCUAGAAUGAAAAUGAGGCGGACGCUCGGUCACGACUUCAGUGCGUACGCGUCCCUUUGAGAAGACCUCUAAACUUGGAUCAUAUCACCAUGGGAGCUAUUUGGGCUGCACGGGACUUUUGUUUGUUUUUGCUCUUGUUAAAUAGUCGUCAAAGCGUAGCACUUCCAGAGAUUCGAGAUCCGUGCGCAGAGGGAAGCGAUGGAUGUCACAUUGAUGCUAUUUGUCAGACAACUCAAGGCUCAUAUAAGUGCACGUGUAAAACUGGCUUUAAAGGAGAUGGAAAACGCUGUGAAGAUAUUGAUGAAUGUGAUCUGGAGUACAAUGGUGGUUGUGUGCAUGAGUGCAACAAUAUACCAGGCAAUUAUCGCUGCACUUGUUAUGAUGGAUUUAAUUUGGCGCACGACGGGCAUAACUGUCUGGACGUGGAUGAAUGCAAGUUCAACAAUGGUGGGUGCCAGCACACAUGUGUCAACACCAUGGGCAGCUAUGAAUGCCGCUGCAAAGAGGGCUUCUUCCUCAGCGACAACCAGCACACAUGUAUCCACCGCUCUGUGGAGGGCCUCAACUGUAUGAAUAAGGAGCACGGCUGCGCCCACAUCUGCAAGGAAACACCCAAAGGGGGUGUGGCCUGUGAGUGUCGUCCAGGGUUUGAGUUGGCCAGGAACCAGAGAGACUGCAUCUUAACUUGUAACCAUGGCAAUGGAGGCUGUCAACACACCUGUGAAGACACGGAGGAUGGCCCCAUAUGCAAGUGUCACGUCAGGUACACACUGCAACCUGACAAGAAGUCGUGUGUAGAGCGAGAUGAAGCCACCGCCGAAUCCUUAGACCACAACGCCACAUCCUUUGCUGAAGUGGACAAACGUGUCAAAAGAAGACUGUUAAUGGAAACCUGUGCAGUGAACAACGGAGGCUGUGACUCCACCUGUAAAGACACAUCCACAGGAGUGCGCUGCAGCUGCCCUGUCGGCUUCACACUGCAGCCAGAUGGAAAAACAUGCAAAGACAUUGAUGAGUGUGAGCUUCAUAACGGCGGUUGCGAACACUUCUGCAAGAACACCAUCGGCAGCUUUGAGUGCAACUGCAGUAAAGGCUUUAAGUUGCUGUCAGAUGAACGUUCUUGCCAAGAUACAGAUGAGUGUUUUUUUGAGCGCACGUGUGAUCACACAUGUGUGAACUCCCCUGGUGGUUUUCAGUGUCUGUGCAACAAAGGCUACACCUUGUAUGGACUGGCCCACUGUGGAGAUACAGAUGAAUGCAGUGUGAACAAUGGCGGUUGUGAGCAGGGGUGUGAGAACACCAUUGGUGGAUUUCAGUGCUUUUGCCGUCCAGGUUAUAAGCUGCACUGGAACAAAAAAGAUUGCGUUGAGGCUGAGGGUUUGCCACCUGAAACCCCCCCCUCUAAACCUACCUUGAAUUGUAGUAAGCAGCACGGAGGGGACUGCUGCUUUCUCACCUGCCAGUCUCAAGUUCACAUCAGCAGUGGGACAGAGGAUUCCUACACGGUGACCUGUGGAAUGCCUCUGCCCUGCUUGGCUGACGCACAAAAGAACAACAGUGGCUUGCAUUGCUUAGGAAAGGCCCGUGUUCCACGCAUUAAGACCACAGCCACUUUUAAGUCUGGCACUGCAAAGUGCAACUUGAAACGAAGUCAGGAGAAACUCCGGGAGAGCUUAAACUCAGCACAUUCAGAUAGCAGGUUCCUCUUCACUGAAAAUGUCCAGUUCAGCUAUGUGAGCUUGCACUGCACCUCGUCUGGACAGAGAACACGCAGUCGCAACAGCAGGAAAGCCGCCGAGGAGGACGGCUCCUCCAUCACAGCUGAGUUUGAGCUGGAUGUGAACCCUGAGGAGGUAACAGCAGAGAAUUGUGACCUAAGCUGCGUCCGUCGACGUUCAGAGAAGAGACUCAGGAAGACCAUCAGGACUCUGAGGAAAUCCAUCAACCGGGAGCAGUUCCAUCUCCACUUUGCCGGGACAGACUAUGAGUUAUCCAAAGGUCUGGGCCACCCAGCAGAACUGCCGGGACACUGUGUGGCAGGACAGGUGCUGGUGGGCAGGAAAUGUGUGAGCUGCAGUGUUGGGACGUACUACGAUGGUGAUCAAGGACGGUGUGUGCUGUGUCCAGCUGGAUUGUAUCAGGAUGAGGAAGGACAGAUGUCUUGUGAAGUCUGUCCUACACCUGAAGGAAGAGAGGUGUCCAAGGUGGUCGGAGCUCGGAAGCUGUCGGAGUGCGGAGGUCAAUGUUUCCCAGGUCAGUACUCCCAUGACGGCUUCAUCCCCUGCCUGCCCUGUCCACUGGGAACCUACCAGCCAGAAGUGGGCCGCACCUCCUGUUUCCCCUGCGGAGGAAACCUGGUCACCAAACACAGCGGUGCUGUCACUUUUCAGGAGUGUGAGACCAGAGUCCAGUGUUCUCCAGGACAUUACUACAACACCACCACACACCGCUGCAUUCGCUGUCCGAUGGGCACAUAUCAAGAGGAGUUUGGCCAAAACUACUGUGUCGCCUGCCCAGGAAAUACCAGCACCGACUUUGAUGGCUCCACUAACAUCAUGCAUUGCAAAAACCGACAGUGUGGAGGACAGCUGGGAGACUUUACUGGCUACAUCGAGUCCCCCAACUAUCCAGGGAACUACCCUGCUAACAUUGCAUGCACUUGGACCAUCAACCCUCCUCCCAAACGCAGGAUCCUUAUUGUUGUCCCAGAAAUCUACCUGCCUAUUGAGGAUGAAUGUGGAGACUACUUAGUGAUGAGAAAAAGCUCUAUGGCCAACUCUGUGACGACCUACGAGACGUGCCAGACGUACGACCGUCCCAUUGCUUUUACCUCCCGCUCUAAGAGGCUGUGGAUACAUUUCAAGUCCAACGAGGGAAACAGUGGGAAAGGUUUCCAUGUACCAUAUGUGACAUAUGACGAGGACUACCAAGAGCUGAUUGAAGACAUAGUCAGAGAUGGAAGAUUAUAUGCAUCAGAGAAUCAUCAGGAAAUUCUCAAGGAUAAGAAGCUCAUGAAGGCCUUGUUUGACGUAUUGGCUCACCCACAGAACUUCUUUAACUACACGGUGCAACAGUCAAAAGAAAUGUUCCCUAAAUCCUUCAUCCGCUUCCUGCGUUCCAAAGUCCUGAGAUUCCUACGCCCUUAAAAAGCAUUCACAACAAGAACCUUGACUUUCCUGGAGAAACUCAUGUCAGAUACUGGCAAUAAUAUUUCUCUUUCCACUGACUUUGUUAAAAUGAUUGUGUAGUUACCUGUUUUCACACAUUGCCAUUUUAGAGUGGCUCUUAGACCGUGGGACAUGUGGACAUUUAUAACAAGUGGACUUCUAGGAGCUUUAAGAGUAAGAAGUGAACACAUACAAAUCAUUGACUUAUAUUGUUAUCCUCAGAAAGGAAUCAGGAUCUCAUCCCACUUUUUUCUGAGAUUUUAAAGUCAUGAUUUAAAUCAAUCGGUUUGUGUAUUUGAAUUCUGUGUAAUACUGCACAUGUCAACUUUAUGGUACUUUUGCUAACAGAGUUAUGAUGAAACAUAAAUAUAGUACCUGAAUAGAUAUAUACUGAAUGUCAAUUAUACUGUAUAUAGAGUGUGUAUCUAGUUUUAACAUAGGUCACUUUCAUGAGUUGAGAUGACUUAUUGAGAGAAAAACUGCAAAAUGUCAGAAACUAAUCAAGCACAAAUGUUUUCUCAGAACACUAGCACUACUAAAGAGGUAGUCCCACUGCAAAAGCAGUUCUUUUGAUAAAUAUUUUGUAUAUGAUGUAUAAAGUUGUAGGUGAAAUAAGGUAUAAAAACAUAGCUGCAAAUACUGGUGGUCCUUGUAUUUGUUGUAUCGAAGUGUCUGCAUGAAUACUACUGUUCUAAAAAAUAUUUCUGGUUUUUAAUGCAUUCAUGAGGUUUUGAUUGCUGAAACCGAAUGACAGCUGUAUUAAUGCAUUUAAUAUUGCAACCAAAGAUCACUGUGUUAACACCCCAAAUGACGUCAUGUUUGAGCGCAUGAAAAUAAAUGAAAAGUCCUGUAAAAUGCAACCAUUCACCUGUUUUAGAUGAUACGUGUAUGUAUAUUUUUUAUGAUUUUGUAUAUCCAGUGUGCUGUAAAUAAAGAUAGGAAACUUGACUUGA